CGCAGGGCUUCGGCGAGAUCUUCAACACUGCUUAUCCUGUGCUGAACGCUAUCGCCAACGACGUUGGAGAUAGCGACGUCAUGGCGGCCAAGGUCCUGGCUCGGUAUAAGCAUAAGGAGAACGCAUCUUCCAGCGCCUUGUUCUCUCCAGUGGACAACGCCUUCAACUAUUAUGACAAGAUGGUCAGCGCACUGAAUGCAGAAGGAAGUUCUAAAGAGCUUCCAAAGAAAGUCGAACGCUCCCUCAGACAAGCAGUAGAAGGCAUGAAACACCAGGUGGAAACUGCUGAGAGAGCCGCCAAGGAGACGCUCAUGCAGGACAAGGCCACCCCGCGCAUAGAUGUGCAGCGGACCCUCAUGGAGACGGCCGAGCGCAUCAAGACGUCUCACGACCAGUACGAGCUAGAUUUCCAAGAGACGUUACACCUGGCCAGUACUGUUCACAUGCUGAACCACGACAAAAGUAUCGUGAAUCCGCAGUCUCUGAGAAUAUACAGGGCGGCUUUCCUGAUGGUGUCUGUGGUGUCGGUAGCCAUCAUAGUGGCGGGCCUUAUCUUCGGCUUCAUCCUGGGCGUAUCCAACUACCGCUCCUACAUGAGGCCCACGCAGCGGAACACCGCAUGCAACAUGGGAGGCAUCGUGCUCAUCUCCAACGCGGGUCUCAUGUGGGCCACGUGUGCCUUCAUCCCGGUGCUGCUGGCCUUCUGCUUCCCCUUGGCUGCUCUGCUCGAGGCCUACGUCUGCCAGCCAUACGACGAACGAGACGGAUCCAGCAUGGACGGGAACGCUCAACGUUUCCGCACGCAACUGUUCGGGACAGCGGGGAUGCAACGUUUGCAAGAAUACGUCAAGAACUCCACGCUAAACGCCAUUGACAAAUACGCCAAGAGCAUAAUGGACAACCUGCAACACGAUAACCUCGCGCACCAGCUUAUGCUCAGCACGGCGUCGAAGGAAUUCGAUAACUUUUUGGAUUCCGUGAAAACUGUAAGUGCCUCCACCACCAGACUUCUGGCUUCGAAGGACCCGACAACUGACGUAGACGUCGCGAUCGCCCAGGAAGUGAUUCUGUUUUUAAACGACUCCUUGGGGAAAGCGGAGGAGAUAAGGAGGCAAGCAACCCAAUCGCUCCAAACCAGCGUGGGAGAUUGCGCCGCAGCUCGAAGAGUGGCAUCCAUCGGGUUUCUCGUUGCGUGCCGGAUAGUAUCAGACAACAUGAACGGCCUGUGGCUGUCGCUGGUGUGCUGCAUGCUGAGCAUGUUAGCCGCCAUUCCAGUGACGCUGAUGAUCUCCCGGUACUUCGUGCGCAUGCAACGCUACCUGGUGGACGGCAAGCCACCCGACGAAGAGGUUCGAGGCGAGCUGGAAGCCAGGAUGAAGCAAGAAAAACAUCUCAAGGAGCACAUCUUGCAACAGAGUCGCGACGCGCGCUGCCUGGUGAUGAGCUUCGACACGCUCGAAGCGCCGCCCAUCCUGCCCCCAGUGUCGGUGGACAGCGGCAGCUCUGAGCUGGCGCGAAUCAUCCCCACCGCUGUAGUGCGCCGUGUGGGCAUCGACGACCCGAAGCUACCCAGGGGCAAGGAAUCUCCCUUCUGCCGGGUGGUGGCGCUCACGCCAGCAGUGCCGCAUGCAGCAGCGCGUCCACUUAGAAGCGCGCUUCACGCGACCGGCUUCGAUGUGGACGACGUGAACACUGCAGCGGGACAAGUUUCCUCGUUGUUGCCAGGCUCCAAAUCUCUGGAGGUGAAGCCUACUGGAGAGAACGCGAACGCAAAAGUCGCAAGCGUAGACGUGGAGAAGAUAUAAACUGCCCGAGAUCAUCACGCACCUCUCUGAGAGCGAAAACAUGUUGCAGGAAAUCU